AUGAGUUCGCACGCUCACGCGAGGACGGUGUGCACCGGCAACGCAGUCUCCGGCGCGUUCUCCGCGCUGCACCUCCUGCGGAGCUGCAGCCUCUUCGCCCCGAACUCAGAUCUGUGCAGGUACGAGACGUAUCCCGGCCGGGACUACGGCUUCGUCGAGCCCGAUAUUCUAACCAACUCCGUCGCGUCCACGGACUCACCAUCCUCGCCUUUAACGCCGUCCUCCUUGUCGACGACGUUCUCGCUCCCGGGUACGCUGCUCCAACCGCCCUUCCUCGCAGCGAUGCCACCCUUGAUGCAAUCGCUCAGCGUGCCUCAACCGUUCUCCACUCCCGCUACCGGUGCCAUGAGUCGCCAUUUCAUCGCCACGAGCGGCAUCACCACCCUCCAUCGGAGACCUAGAAGCGAAAAGAAGCCGAUUCCGGACGAGCAGAAGGACGAGAAGUACUACGAGAGGCGCAAGCGGAACAAUCAAGCGGCGAAGAAGUCGCGGGACGCUCGCAAAAUACGGGAGGAUCACAUCGCUCUGAGGGCGACGAUGUUGGAGCACGAGAACGCGAUCCUGAAGGCGCAGAUAGUGACCCUACGCGAGGAGGCGCAAUCGCUGCGGCACAUGUUGAUCAAGCAGCACAGCCCGGCGAUACAGUCCAUCGAACGGUCGAUCUCCUCGAUGACACCCGUUACACUCACCCCGCCGCGCACGACCGUCGGUUUAGAUUGUUAA